ACUGAGGCUAACUUCACAGAGUUUGAUCAAGAUGGCGUCUCUCAGAAAGCUGUUUGUUAGCAGAGUCUCUUUGUUGUGUUGGUCCAGUGAGUGUGAGGUCCAUGUUGGUCUCUGUGUGUCCGGAGAAACCUUCUGAAUGGACUUUUCUCUGAAUGUUGGACCUCUGACUCAUCUCCCGGUAGCCUACAAAGCUAGUGAAGUUAGCUUAGCAUGCUAGCUGGGACGGAAGUUAGCAACACAGCGCUAGUCAGAGUGACUGUUUGAUGGAGAGCAAACGGUGUUUGUGACGGAGUUUGUGUGGAGAAAAAGUGUGUGUCGUUGUGUGAAAAUGUGUAAAGUCCAAAUGCUGAGAGCGUUGGUGAAGCAGCGACUCACUGCGGCUGCUGAAGAGAUCUUUGGGCUGUUUGAAAGAACGAUAGCAGAGUACGAGGAGGAACUGUGUCGUUCUAAAGAGGAGAACGAGCGACAACGGAAACUCCUGCACGCUGUUCUCAACCCUCAGCUUCGGUUACACAGAGCAGACGUCCAGCAGCUGUUGGUGGUUAAAGAAGAGGUUCCUCCUGAGCAGCAGGAGUGGAGCUCCAGUCUGGACCAGGAGGACCCAGAGCCCCCACACAUUAAAGAUGAACAGGAGGAACUCUGGACCAGUCAGGAGGGAGAGCAGCUUCAAGGGCUGGAGGAGGCUGAUAUCACCAAGUUCACAUUCACUCCUGUCCCUGUGAAGAGUGAAGAUGAUGAAGAGAAACCUCAGUCCUCACAGCUUCAUCACAGACGUACUGAACACAUGGAGACAGAAGCUGAUGGAGAGGACUGUGGAGGACCAGAACCAGACAGGAACUCAGAUCCAGAUAGACAUCCAGAACCAGAUCCUGAUGAGGAGACUGGAGACUCUUCUGAACCUGAGACUGAUGACAGUGAUGAUUGGAAGGAGACCAGAGAACCUCAGUCAGGUUUAAACUCUCUGAAUAAUGAUGAAGUUUCUGUCAGUGAAUCCAGAUGUAGUGCUGGAGAGAAACCAUUUAGCUGCUCUGAGUGUGGGAAAAGCUUUCACUUAAAGAAGGGUCUGAACAUACACAUGAAAUGUCAUAGAGGAGAGAAAGCAUUAAAUUGCUCAAUUUGUGAAAAAUCUUUUGCAAUGAGUGGACAUUUACAAAUACACAUGAUAAGCCACACUGGAGAGAAACCAUUCAGCUGCUCUGUUUGUAAGAAAUCUUUUACACUAAGUAUAAGAUUACGGAAACAUAUGAGAAUCCACACAGGAGCGAAACCAUACAGCUGCAGUGUUUGUAAGGAAACAUUUGCCUGGCAGUACCAGAUCAAAACACAUCAGUGUGUCGGUCAUCAGUCCUCACAGCUUCAUCAGAGUCAGACUGAGAUCAGAGAGACAGAACCUCCAAACAGGAGCUCAGAUCCAGAUAAUCAUCCAGGACCAGAUACUGAUAAAGAGACUGAACCAUCUUCUGAACCUGAUGACAGUGUUGACGUUGAGUUUUGGAGAGAGACCAGGAAACAUCAGUCAGGGUUCACUUAUCACAGAAAUAAAAAAGUCUCUGUUAAUGAUGGAUUUAAUACUAGCGAGAAACCAUUCAGCUGCUCUGAUGACAAGGCUGAAACUGAUCCCAAGACUGGUGACAGAGUUGAUGGUGAUCAACCUCCGUCAGAUCUAAAGCGUAAAAAAGCUGAGGAAGUCUCCGUCAGUGUCUCAGGAUGUAACACUGACAUGAAACCUUUCAGCUCCUCUGAGUGUCAUCAAAGAUCUGAAGAGAGUCUCACUCUGCUGACACUCAAGAAACCUUUCCGCUGCUCCGUGUGUAACACAGACUGCAGUGACAGCGAGUCUUUAGUUCAACACAUGAGGAUCCACACGAGACGAACUCGGUUUAGAUGCCAAACUUGUGGUGAAGAGUUUGCAUGGAGGAGAUAUCUGACAAAACAUAUGGAAGUUCACACAAAGGAGAAAGUGUGUGAUAGAGGAUUCAUCCAUAAGGCGGUUUGGCCGUUUGACAGUAAAACUCGUUCAGGAGAGAAACCGUUUCAUUGUCCAGUUUGUUGUAAGAAAACAGUAGUCCACCACCUGUGAGCACACACAGAGGAGAAACCAUUCAGCUGCAGCUGAUGGACAGGAGGACCAUGACCGGAUAAACAUAAGACUGAAGGUUCUUCUAGGGUUCCCAUGGUUUUAAAAAGUCACUUUUUAAGUAAAAAGGGUUACGGUUAAAGUGAAUAUGAAAGUAAAUAUGUGGGUUAUAUGUGGCCAUGUUAAAGAGGUAAAGAGGUAAAAAAUGAAACCCCAAAGUAUGGUUUACAUUUUGUACUACCUUGUCAUUUGCAAGUGCCUUCAUCAUUUCAAGUGUUGAUUCCAAGUGUUGAUUCUUUUUU